AUGUUAACUUGCAGAACCUUAUCAUCAAAUUUUAAAGAAGGUCUAAAUUUAUUGGUUAAUAUACUUUUAUGUAAACUUAUAUUUAAUAUAUAUUAUACUUUCCAAAAAAUUAAGGAUAAUAAUAACAUAAAAAAUUAUAAAAAUGAAAAAAAAAAAAAUUGGAAUUUAAAAAAUCUUGAAAAAUCAAAAAAAAAUAUUGAGAAAUUCAUUGAUUUAUUUUUAAUUAUAUUAAAUAUUCUAGAAGGAAACAACAAGUUUUUUAUACAACAUGUUUUAGAAAACUAUGCUACUAUUAAUUUAAAUAAUGGACAAAAAAAAAAAAAAAAUGUAACAAAAUUUCAUGAUAUUUUCUUAAUGUAUUAUAUAUAUAACAAUUCAUUACUACAAAGAAAGAAAAAUGAAGAUAAUAAUAUAAAAGAAUCAUAUAAAAAAGUAAAUUUAGAAAAAAAUAUUUUAAUAGGAGAUAAAGAAAUUUAUUCUUAUAUGAAUAAAAUUCCUAUAAUUGAUAAUUAUAUAGAUAAAUAUAAAACAUAUUCACGAAAUAGUCUAAUUAACGAAUUUAAUAAUUUUUUAAAUGUGUUUUAUCUCAAAAAACUUCCUAUACAUGAGAAUGAUAAUGAAAUUAAAAAAAAAAAUGAAAAUUUAAUUGACGAAGAUUUUGUUACUAAAAAUUUAUUUUCUGAAUAUUUUAAUAGUUGUAGAAAAAACAAUAAAUUGAAUAUAUUAAUUAAAGAAGUUAAUUUAAAUAAUUUAUCAUAUUUUCAUAAUAUCCUAUUUAAAAAUAUAAAAUUCAUCAGGUCCUUUAAUAGGGAAAGUAAUGAAGAAGAAAUCGAAAACUAUAAGUUGUCAAAAUUAUUUGAAUUUUAA